CGAGAUGAAACUGCAUAUUCGCUGCCUCUUCAGGGUGUUUUGCUUGUUCAUUUAUUGCUAGCUUCUCAUAAAUCACAUACAUUACCAUCAUCGUAGAUGUAAAUCAAGCAGAAAAACGAGAGAAACACGCAUCCGACGCCCAUCGGCUGGCGGACAUCCGCGCCCUGCCGCUUAGCUCAGCGUGGCUCGCUGCCAGUUUCGGCAUCGUCGGCGCCGGAAGAGAACACGGACUCAUCCCACCUGCCUUUAUAAGCCUGGCUUUUUCUUGUUUCUUGAUUCUUGAUUCUUGAUCCCUGCCUGUGUGUGAAAGAGAAUUAGGAUCGGUGAUAUUUAGUUGAUUCAGUUGAUUGGAUAUUGCAUUGUUGGUGCUGGUGAUAAUCGUAUUAAAGAUGCUCAGCAGUAAGCAAACCCUUCGCCGCGCUCUGCAGUCGCUUGCGCGAUCGCGUCCGCUCACCCCUCUGGCGAGCAAGCGCACGUUCAUUCCCCAAGUGAACCGUUCUCCCGCAUCGCCGAUGCGCCGAACCGUCACCUGGCUCGAUGCCCUGCACGCGCGCGAGGAAGGCCGGCCCGCGAGCGUGUCGAAGCUGGUCGCAAACUCGAACGAGCCGCCGGUGAUCGAGGAGCGCUCGAUGGACGACAGUUAUACGACAAUCACGUUGCCGUUUAAGGAGGAUCCGUGGCUUUUAGAUGCUUAUGUUAAUUCGACUGGUCGGUUGAGAAUCGGACAGAUCUUCCAGGAUUUGGAUGCGCUGGCGGGCGUUAUUGCGUACAAGCACUGCGCGCCGGCCGAUCCGACGAUCGUGACCGCGUCGGUCGACAGAAUCAGUCUGCUGAAGCGACUGACUGUCUUGUCUGACAUCGAGCUCUGCGGAAACGUGACCUGGACGGGUCGGUCGUCGAUGGAGAUCACGAUCAAGGCGCGCACGAUCCUCGACAACGAGACAUUUUUGGUCGCGAACUUUACCUUUGUCGCGCGGCACCCGAUCACGGGCAAGAGCUUCCCUAUCAACCAUCUCGUGUGCCGGAACGAUUCCGAGAAGCAGAUCUUUGACCGCGCGGAGCAGUACAAUGCGGCGAAGAAGCGCGCGGCCAAGGUCGGCGGGCUGCUGACCUCGCCGCCAAACAGCGAGGAAGCCGAGAUCAUCCACGCGAUGUGGCUGCGGCAGAAGGCCUACGAGGACCCGAACUCGGGGCUCGAGUUGCCGGCGGGAGUGGUGAAGAUGCACGAGACCGAGAUGCGGUCGACGACGCUGAUGCAGCCGCAGUACCGCAACCGACACAGCUACAUGAUCUUUGGCGGCUACCUGCUGCGGCAGACGUUCGAGCUUGCGUACUGCUGCGCGGCGGCGUUUUCUCACGGCACGCCUCACUUUAUCUCGCUUGACCAGACCACGUUCCGGUCGCCGGUGCCGGUCGGCUCGGUGCUCUACCUGACGGCGUCGGUGGCGUACACGCAGCACAAGCCCAAGUCGCCUACGGGCUCGCCGGCGGGUACGUUUGUGCAGGUGCGCGUGGACUCGACGGUGCGGGAUAUCGAGCACGGCACGGCGGAGGACUCGGGCUCGUUUACGUAUACGUAUUUCGUGGAGAACAAGACGGUGUCGGUGUUGCCGGUCAGCUACGAGGAGGCGAUGCAUUACGUCAACGGGCGCCGCAGUUCGAUUGAGAGCAAGAGCUUUGGCGAUGCGCUGCAAGGUCUUGAGAACUUGGCCAAGAGUCUGACGGAUUAGGCGGGGAAGAGAAAGCAAGUGAGCAAGUUGUCGCAUAGCAAGAGUACAAUAGAGAAAAUAGCAUACUUUGAUGGUGGAGGCGAUAGCGGCUCAGAGUCAAGUCCGCCCUGCAGCGGCGCAGCAGCAGCAUUAACCAUAA